AUGGGAGAUGCGCCUCGUGUGACUCCCCGCCAGAUCUGGGCGAACCCAACAACGACAUCGACGCAUACGUAUGCUUCAGGGUGUACGCCAUUCGUUCUACCUAGCGAAGGUAUUAUACAUAUCAAUAAAUCGUACGCCCUGACUUUGACUGGCAAUGCCGUCUACGAGCCCGUUUGCACCGGCGACCCAGCCGAUUACGUCCAUGUCUCCGCCAUCCUUGACACUCGCGACCCAUUCUACUCCUCCGUCACACCGCAACUUUAUGCCAUCGGCUGCGCAACCGUCGUCAGCUACGUCCUUGUUAUCAUCCUCCUCAUCACCCCGCGCACAUUCUACGUCGGCGGCCCUGGCGGCGGUGCAAACUUCCUCGGGCGUCAUGGCAUGAUCAGCGGAUCCUACAGUGGCAACCCAUCAGCCGUCGGUGUUGGAGGUCGGCCAUGGUUGCAAAAAGUAGCCGCGAUUCUCGUUGCGAUCUCCUUGACUAUCGCAACGGCGGACUCAUUCAAAGUCGCCGAGCGCCAGUAUAACUACGGGUACUCGGAUGCCGAGGCGCUUUCGGAGGAAGUCAUUGAUGGCACGGAGAUUCGCAUUGUUCGCGUCAUAUCCAGCACGUUCCUCUGGUUGGCACAGGUUCAAACGCUGAUUCGAUUAUUCCCGCGACAUAAGGAGAAAGUCAUGAUAAAAUGGGCGGGCUUUGCGCUGAUUGUGCUGGAUACGACGUUUAGCUGUUUGGAGAAUUUUAUGGUACGGAAUACCUCGACACACCCACGAUUAUACGACGAUGCGAUUCCUGCAUUGAGCUAUUUGUUUGAACUGGCUCUCAACUUGUUGUAUGCGGCUUGGGUUAUUUUCUAUUCGAUUUCGAAGCACCGGUAUGCGUUCUUUCACCCCAAGAUGCGCAAUAUCUGCCUCGUGGCUCUAUUAUCGCUUUGCGCGAUUCUAAUACCCGUGAUAUUCUUCGUGAUGGACAUUGCAAAACCGGAGAUUGCGGGAUGGGGUACGUAUAUCAGAUGGGUAGGCUCGGCUGCGGCGAGUGUUGUUGUGUGGGAAUGGGUGGAGCGUAUAGAAGCGCUCGAACGAGAUGAAACAAAGGAUGGAAUUCUUGGAAGAGAGGUCUUUGACGGGGACGAAAUGCUGGAAGUCACUCCUUCAGAAGAGGUCGACUGGCCGCGCUACUCGACGCAAGGACACGACAAGGGGGGUGGAAACGGCACAUCGUCAGGAUGGGGCGGAAUGAUAGGGCUGGGGGGUCGUCCGCUGCGCACGCGAGUCGGUAUUCCUCGUGGGAAUCGGAAUCGUGGCAAUGGAGUGCUUGGUCAAAACAAUGCAGCCAUGCCUCCUCGACGGAACCCUCGUCCUACACCCCCACCGGCUGCUGUGACACCCGUCAGUCGGGCUGAUACUACCAGUGCCGCCAGUACAGUGUACAAUGUUCGAUAUCAUCCAGUGGCUAGCCCGACACCACCCGUGGCAAUGCCACAUAUGGAGGAAGAAGGCGAUGAGCUAGAAGAGCAGAAGGAGAUGGAAAUCGAAGGGGCCCAGGACGCAAACGCUGCCGGACAUGAUCAUUUAGGUCACGAUACCAGAGAACAAUCACCACAGAUUGUUGCCUCUGACCCACGAUGGCGCGCCCUGCUCAAUCCGUUCAAGAGGAGACGCGGGUCUUUGCCCAAGGAAGUUGCCUCUGCCCAAGCUUGCGAGGAGCAAGACGAGGAAGGUCGUGACUCCGGAUCAUUCGAUGAUGAUCAUCAGCCGCGUCCUACGCAGCCACGGGGUAACAACAACUUCUUCUCCCUCAACCGAAAAAGGCAUCCUGGCGCGGGAACGCAAGGUACAGACGCACCUUUGCCUGUUACCGUCAUCCCAGCUCGUCGUCGAGGCCAGCAACACACCUGGUCUCCUCAGAAUCCUCUGCUGGAAAUCCCCACUUCUCAUGAGUCCCGGCCUGGCCGCCCUGACCUGCCCGUAAGGGUUAUACCCUCUCAACCGCAGGCCUCUGCUCCCUGGACGCAUGCGGACCUUGAGAACGGUGAUGGAGAUUACACUUUGCGUUAUGAUCCGGACGCCGCUGCAUUGAUCAACGAAGACGUGAACUGUGCCCGCGAUGAGCGCCCUGAUACGGGUGACCGAGCCAGUUGGACAGAAACGACCGUUUCAGACGAGCGGAACGAUACUCCGUCUGGUCAGGCGGGCUCUCAGCACGACGGUGACUACGGGCACCCUACCUCUUGA